AUGUCAGAGGAUGAUUCAAAUUCAGUUCUUGAAGUAUCUGCUCCAAUUAAAGGUAGACUAUAAAGGGCAAAAAGUACAGAUGAAGAAAAAGAUGAAUAAUAAAAGGAUGUAUUUAAGGCAGAAUAACCUGAUUCUAUUGAAAUUAGUGAUCAAAGUGAUAUAUAAGAGGUAGAAAAUAAAAAGAGAUAGAAAAAAUAAAAUUAAAAUUCAUAGAAACCUCGCAAACCUAGAUAAAAAAAAUAGAAUGAAAAUGCCGCCAAUUAAAAUGAGGAAAAUUAAGAAAAAUAAAAUAAGGAAAAACCAACAAAAUAAGUAAAGACAAAAAAGAAAACAGUAGAAACUAAUGAGAAGACUAUUGAAAAUUUACUAAAUAAAAAGUUUAUAUAAGCAGAAGAGGAAGAUGAGCCUCCAAGAAGAGAAAUGGAAAUAGAAUAUGAAAGUAAUAGAAAUGAUAGAGAUACUUUUGGUAUUGAUAAUAAAUAAAAUAAAAGAAAAGCUUAAAAUGCUAAAAAUAUCAAUUAACUUAUUAAAAAUAGACAUAAAUUUUUUACAGAAUUUGAGGAUACACCAUUUGAAUUUUAAAAUGAAAACUAAAAUUAUUAAGAAAUAGAUACUGAUUAAUUUGAAUUAAAAUUUGAAAAAUAAUAAGUAGAAGAAAGUGCAAUUAAAUAAAAAGCAAAACGAGAUAUGUUAAAUAAAGUUUAAUAAUAUAAAUAAAAUGUACUUGUUUUUGGAGAUUAAUAAAAAUCAUAAAAAUCAUUAUUAUCUAGUACUUUCUUACCUUCAUAAGAUUAAGAAUAAAAUGGAAAUAAUAUACCUAAAAUUCCUUAAAUAAUAAAAACAGCAUCAUUUAUAUAAGAAGAACAAAAUUAGAGAUUAGAUGGAGAAUCUAGAAAUUCAUUAUUAAGAAAAACCUAUUCAAUGGGAUUGAAAAAAGGAUUAUCAUAAGAAGAUAAUGAAGAUCCAGAAUUAUAAUUAUUUAUACCUAAAAUUAAUGGGGCUAAAGAUAAAAUUUUUGAACAUACAUUAUUUUUAAAUAAAAUUAAAUAGAAAGGAUUUGAUAGGGUUGUAUAAACAUCUACAAGUUUAAAUAAUAGUAAUAAAGCUUAUUCAAGAAGUGAAUUUUAAUAAAUAUUAUAAUAAAAAUAAGUUGAACAUAAAGCUAAUAAAAUUAAUUUAUCAUUAAAUGAAUUAAUGAAUAGAUUUUAAAGUACUACUUUUGAAUAAAUUGAAUAAAGAAGAUAAUAAAAUUAAUAAGUAAAUAAUAAUGGUUAGGAUGAUGAUGAUGAUUCAUCACCUGAUGAAGAUUUUGUACCUAAAUAAAAUGAAUUAAAUUAAGAAAGUGAAGAUAUUGAUGAUGGAAGUAGUUAAAGUAGUUAAGAUAAUAAAAUAAUAGAUGAUAAAGUUAAAGAAUCUAAAUAAACAGAAAAAGAAAUAGAAGAAUAAGAAAAUAAUGAAGUUAAAAAAGAAAAAGAAUAUGGUAUUAUAAUAGAGGAAAAAUCAGAUGUAAUGAGUAAAAUAGAUGAUGAAGAAUUUUAAUAACUUUAAUAAAUAAAAAAUAGAAAAUUAAAUUAAAAUAAUGAUUAACAUUAAUCAGAUGCUGAUGAAGAAAAUGAGAAUUAGAAUGAAAAUGAAGAUGAAGAUGAAGAAGAUGAAGAGGAAGAAAAUAAAAAAGAUGAUGAUAAUAAUAAAGAAGAUCAUAAAGUAUAAGAAAACAAAAAAUUCAAUAAACUUGCUUAAAUUGAUAUUAGUGAUGAUGAUGAUUAAUAAGCAGAUGAGAUAAAUGAAGAUGAUUUAAAUAUGUUUAGACGUUUAAAAAAGGUUUCUACUAUGUUUAAGGAAAGAAAGAGAAAAGAAAAGGAAUUAGAGGAGAAAAAGAAAUUAAAAUUAGAGAGAUAGAAAGAAAGAGAAAAAAUGAAGAAAUAUAUUGAAUCAAAUUUAGUAGAGGAUUAAGCAGAAUAAGGAUCUGAUAAUGAAUCUCAUGAUGAUGUUGUUAAAGAGAUUAAAGAUGAUGAUGAAGAGGAAGAUAAUGAAGUAAUAGAAAAAGAAUUAUUGGAAAUGAUUGAUGAUAAGAUAGAAGAUUUAGAUGAAGGAAAUGAAAUUAGAGCAUUUUAAAUAUUUAUGGAUAGAAUACAUGCAUAAGAAAAAGAAGAUAUUAAAAAGAUAUUAAAAGGAGAAUUUAAAAGAAGAAAUGGAAAAGUAUCUAAUAUAGAUUUAAUAAAUAUGGAAUAGACUGAAGAAGAAAAAUAAGCUAGAUUAAUGCAUAAAUUUGAAGAAAGUGAAGAAGAAAAUUAUGAUUCUGAUUUUGAAAAUUAUUUAAAAAUGAGUAAAAAUUAAAAAAAAGAAUUUUUAAAAGAAAAAAAAUUGUAAAAGAUUUUAUAAGCUUAAAAAGAAAUGAAUUUAUAAACUAAAAAAAAUAGAUUGCAAGAAUAAUAAUUAUUUUAACCAGAUCUUUUGAAAGUUGUAGAAAAAGCUAAAAAAAAAUAAUAAGAAACUAUAUAAAAAAAAAUGACAUAAAAACCACCUUCAUUUGGAUAAUCUCUUUAAUUAUAAUCAAAAAUUAAUGAAAACUCAAAUGCACAUAAUUCAAAUUCAAUGUAGUAGAUAAAUGUCUAAAAAAAGAAUAUCAAAUAAUAAUAAAAUAAUACAAGUUAUGCAAUAAAUAGACUUUUUUCUGAUAAUUUAAAUUCAAAAGGAUAAUAAUUAUAAAAAUCACCUAACAAAGCAGUUUUAUUAAUGAAAAAAAAAUGA